AGCCAAUUCACACUACACCAACUGAGAUCACAAAUCCACAAGGCUUGAAACAUGGCAAAAGCUCCAUGCAAGGAUCUUCUUCUUGUGGCCUUUAUUCUGCUUUGCUUUGUAUCCAUUGGAGCAAGAGGAAGGAGCUUGCAAGUGGCAAAAAGCAAUAAUGAAGUAGAGAAGGUAAAGGACCAUCAAGAAAAUUCCUUCACAUCCAAAGGAAAUGGGGUGACCCCAGAUGCUGAUGAACUACUGCGAAUGGACUACAGUGGCCCUCAAAAGAAGCCUCCAAUUCAUAAUUAAACUGGGAAAAAAUUUUGUUAGCCAACUCCAAAACUAGCAAAAAGAGAUGGAUAUUGGAGUAGGGUCUACUCUAUAUGGAGUCUUUCUUUAAAAUGAGAGCAUGUCAAGGCUUUUAAAGAACUGACUGCAACUGUGAAACUUAAUUAUGGCUAGCUAGGUUUUAAAGGUAAUAUUGGCUUGUAAUACCUAAAGUAGUUACAGAAUACAAAGGAACAUUUAUGUUUUUGUUA